CAUCGAUUGUCACCAUGAUAAUGAUACGUUGAUGUGGCAAUCUUUGUUUUGAACCAUUACACAAUCAACGCUAGUAACAGUUCCGUUGGAGCUCUUCCUUUUUGUUUGGAGAGCCAAGCACGAUUAUCUUUUGAUAGUUUCAUUCAUAGCGCCGUCUGGCUCCAGAAUACUUCGACGACUCACUGUACGAUAAAUCACGAUGACAGUAGUGCAGGGAUUACCCCACCACGAAGAUGCUCUCAGCGGAGAUCCGUACAAUGUAAAGGCAUGGAAUUAUUACUUGGAAGAAAUGGACGAUUUGAUCAGAGGGAAAAUUAGUGAUUUAAGCAGCAGCGGUGGGAUGAAAGUGAAGCAGACUCAAGCACAAAAUACCACUAAUUAUUCUCUUCCAGAACUCAUCCAGCUCCGGGACAUGGUGGGUCGUCGGUCGGUUCAGCUUCUUCCCCGAUCGUACAAGUUGUGGAAGCUCCAUUGGGAAUUUGUGGUUUCACGGCAACAAUACCUAGGAGGGUCCUCUGCUGUAUUGGGAUGCUUCGAACGCGCGAUGGUUACGCUCCACAAAUUUCCAAGAGCAUGGAUAGCCUACCUAGAAUUCGCUCAUACGCAACAAAAGGAAGAGAUCAAUGGCACAGACAACGAAAACUCCAUUAUAAUCCACCCCACUCAGCUUCGUCACCUGGUAAAUCGCGCCUUAGAAGCAAUUCCAGUGACACAACACGACAAAAUCUGGCCUGUCUUGUUGAAGUAUUAUCGAAGCAACAGUUCGAAGACAGCAGCCGCGUACAUUCCAAAGGAAACAAAACUGUCAGUUCUGAGGCGCUACGUACAAUACAAUCCAGCGGCCACGAAGGAGGUUGCCGACUUCUUGGCCGACGAUUUGGGGCAGUGGGGAGAAGCGGCCUUGAUGUACGUCGAUUUACUCAACCAUGACGAUGUUCGUGACGGCGGUGGCAGUGGCUUUAGUGGGAGCAAAGACAUGGUCAUAACUUCCGCCACUGAACGCAAAGAUCUGUGGAUGUCCUUGGCUAAAAUUUGCACUCAGCAUCCAGUGGAAGAUGAGAUUGGAUUGGAUUUUGAGGCGAUCGUAAGAGCAAUCCUGACCAACUCGAACAACAGUAAUAAGACUUUUCAAGGUGGAGCACUUCGAUAUUUACCACGAGAAAUGGAAGGUGUGCUAUGGAGUCAACUGGCAGAUGCGUGGAUUCGACGUGGAGAAUUCCAGCUGGCUCGAUCUGUAUACGAGGAAGCUAUUGAAUCCGUAUCUAGAGUACGCGACUUCACCAUUCUGAUGGAUGCCUACUUGCAAUUCGAAGAGGGGUUGUUAGAAGCGACAAUGGAGAGCCAAGCAGAAAUGAUGGACGAUGAUGAAGCACUGGAAGAAGACAAACAAGAUGGCGUCGACAAGGAUGAAAAUGAUUGGGAUAUUCUCUUGCCGCAUCAAAAUAGAGAUGAUAACAAGAAUAGCAAAAGUGCUAGCAUGUCCGAUUUGGAACUGGCAUUGGCUCGAGCUGAAGACUUGACGGCUCGACGACCAAUUCUUCUCAAUGGUGUGUUGCUACGACAAAAUCCAGAUGAUGUGGGAGAAUGGUUAAAAAGAGCUCGCAUGUAUAAGGAUGUUGGUCAGACCCAUCAGGCUGCUGCUGCCCUGGAAGAUGGCUUGAAAACGGUCAAGGCGCGAAGGGCAAUUGGUGGGAAUUCCAACCAAAUGGUUAUUCAACUAGCAAAAAUCUAUGAAGAAGAUUGUAAAGAUGUAGCCAAGGCAAGAAAUCUAUUUGAUCGCAUCUGCAAUCAAUGGGUUUAUGAAUUUAAGAAUGUGGACGAUCUAGCAGAAUGUUUUGUUAAUUGGGUAGAACUGGAACUUCGACAGGAAUCCUGGGACGACGCCUUAGAUAUUAUUAGGGCGAGCGUAAUCAUUCCGCCCUUUGCACCGAAAUGGACCAGGGGCUUACCAAAAUCAUUGCGAUUAUGGGACCUGAUGCUAGAUUUGGAAGAAUCACUGGGUACCACUCAAACUACUAAGGAUGCUUACAGUCGUGCCAUCGACCAGAAGAUAGCCACGCCACUUCACGUAUUGAAUUUUGCUACUUUCUUGACCGAGCAGAAGUACUUUGAAGAAUCCUUCAGUGCCUACGAACGUGGUAUUGAACUCUUCCAAUUUCCGGGUGUCAAARUUGUUUGGAAAGCUUAUAUAGAUGCAUUUCUGCUGCGCUAUGAAGGAACAAAGGUAGAACGAACAAGAGAUCUAUUUCAAAGAUGUUUAGAGUCGUGUCCACCAGAGGAGAGCACCGACUUUUUCCUGAUGAAUGGCCAAUUCGAAGAAAAGCACGGCUUGACGAAAAGAGCUCUGGGCGUAUACAAGAAAAUGUGUGAAACAGUACCAACUGAAGAUAAAUAUACAGCGUACCAACUCUUCAUUGCUAAAACCGGAAAAUACCUGGGGCAAACAGCCACUCGUGAUAUUUACCAAAACGCUGUUCAAGAAUUGGAAGACGAGGUAGCAUCGAAGCUCUGUGUGGAGUUUGCCAACAUGGAGACAUCCCUACAAGAAAUAGACAGAGCCCGAGCUGUGCUUACAUACGGUGCCCAAACAGCUGAUCCGCGACGAAACGAAGAAUAUUGGAGAGCUUGGAAUGAAUUUGAGAUCUCUCACGGCAACGAAGAAACCUUUCGAGAAAUGUUGCGCAUCAAGAGGAGUGUGGAAGCCUCCUUUUCUACUGUAAAUUACAAUGCUGCAGAAAUGAGUGGCACAGAUUCGAAAGCAACUGAAACCUUGUCGAACGAAGAUGCUAUGAAAAUGAUUGCGGAACGAGAAGGCGUUCAGCUGAAUCCAAAUACGUCGACUAUUUCGGGAUUCGUAGCGAGUAGUAGUAGUGGAAAACGCUCGGCACAAGCUGCAAGUUUAGACGACAUGGAAGAACGAGUUGCAAAAUUGCGAAAGGCUACUGCAAUGGCGGGUCAGACCAAUGAAGGAGGUGACGAAGAUGAAAUUGACAUUGAUGAACUUGUUGAUGAACUCGAAGGUGAUGCCGAUGAAAUUGAUAUUGAAGACGAGGAUGAAGAUGAAGACGACGACAACGACAAAGAAGCCGAGAAAGAAGCAGGUAAUCGGGCCUCUAACAACGCUAUUCAAGAUAUAAGUACGAAGUCAGUUCCUGCCGCAGUCUUCGGCGGUCUCGUCAAAAAUAGCUAGGUUCUACUGUACGAGUCGUCGGAAAGUUUUUGGGGUUGAAAUCGAAACGAUAUCCGGAAUAAAGCGGGUAGAUAAAAGCAGUAUUCAGAUACUUUUUUUUUCCACUAACCGCCAUAUCAUGAUGUGUCAUCGUAUGUGAUUCCUCAUUAAUGAAUAUCGCAAUCUGCA